AUGUUUCAGGAAGGACAAAUUGAUGUUUCUCUUGCACGGUAUUUUGCCAUAGAUGUUCUGGAUAUCAUUGAAGCAACCAUAUUCGGAAGAGUUCAUCGAAACAUUUCUACCAGUGGUGCUAAACCGAGAAAUCUUUGA